AAACAACUGGAAACGGACACAUCGCUGAUAGCGGAAGGGAGUCAAGGGACCGAACAAAACAAUUACAUCCAAGAAGGAGCUGGGCCUGGAUGCUCAGUUGCUAAGCUCCUUUCGACUUUCGUUGUAACUCUUAACUGGCAACGAAUCUGAAAUGUCUACUUAUCAGGUUAGAUCACUUGAAGAAGCUGACCUCAUCGUGAAGCAACACGAGAAAAAAACUAAAACAUCUUAUGCUCUCUUGAGGUCAACAAAGAACUUUGGAUGCGUCGAAAUUCCAGCUUGCAGUAAUGAAGAGCAGGAGGUACGCUUUGAGACAGUUGGUGUGCCCUAUUGUGGGGUGCCUUUCUUUGUUGCUGGCCUCAAGAUCCUUCAAUGUCAAUCUUACAAGGAGAAGGGUGCUAGAGCAAACUCCAGAAAGAAGGAAAUCAAGAUUGAGCUGCCUGGCUCUUGUGCCAGUGUUAUCAACUCUCCCAUGGAGCAGGCUUCACCUCAAGAUGCCUUGAACCGAAGCUUAGCCAUGCCAGCUCGUAAGAAGAAGAAGCUUGCUGGAGGGAGAGCUCUGCGUGCUAGCUGUACUGCUACUGUUAUCUUGAAAGAAGUCAUUUAUUAUCCAGAAUUUCAGUUGUUGGAGCACAGUCGCAACAACAGACUCGGUGUUGCCCGCCAACUAAAGGAAGUGUUACGCAACCGAUCCCCAAUACAAAAAGACCGCAUUAUAUAUGUCACUGUGCCCUCUCAUAGUGACCAUUUUGGACAUCCUGUGGGCCAGAUUUCCAACAAGAAAAUUUAUUUGAAGAAUGAUUACUAUGGCCCCAUAGAAAACGGCACGCCAACACAAUCAUCUCAUAACAGUGCCACCUCUCCUUCUAAAAGGCUUUAUUACCCUGUAAAAGAGGAGAAAGUUGGUGUAAUAAGCAAUGAUCUUAUCUUGGGGCUGCCUCAGUCCUGCUAUGACGAACCUGUCAAAGUCAAUACGGUAGCUACGCAAGCAGCUGCCAACUGCACUGAAAAGAUGCUGAGCAGCAAAGCCAAAGAAGUGCGAGACAUGCUCCAGAGUAUCAUGGCCUUCACUUACAAGUGUGCUGACUUGGACAUUUUUGAGCGGUUGCACUUGGAUCUUCUAGCAGUGAAGCAACGUUAUUUGGAGCGCUCCAAGCUUGGCAAGAAAAGGCUAGGUUCUCAGGAACACCUGGUGCUCUCAGACGCAUCUAAACCCGGACAACAGCAAUUGCAACAACAGACUGUGGCUGUGCAACCUCACCCCCAGAUAGUCUUGCUGAAGCAAGCUAAGUCUAACCAACAGCAGCCAAUUAUUCAGCAGCAACUCGUGCCACGCUUGGUAACAGGGCCGAGGCCCAUACGCCUCAAGGGGCAGCAGCCGCAGCAGUCAAUUCUGCAGGUCCAGCAAAUGGAUACUGACUCCACGACUCUCUCAAUCACAAUCAACCCAGUGGCUGCCGUCGGGACGAGCUCUUCUAUUGUGCCUCUAUCUGGCGCAGCUUUGUCAGGGAUACAGAGUGCCACGUCUUCUGCUGCGGGCCUAUCGUCAGAUACGUUGGGAAGUCCGGCCUUCGCAAGCAUUGCUGGCAGCACGUUGCACGCCAUGCCCAUAGCUUCAUUACCUACGGUCUCCAUCGCUGCAUCAGUUACUUCAAACGUUGCCCCAACACCAAUCACAACCUUACCUUCGUUUCCUACUGUAGUUGUGCCUAGUGCUGCUCUCCAGCCUUCUAAUGUCACUCUCGCCAUCCCAGCCGGGUCUUUUUCUACCUUGCCGGGUACUCUGCCAGCUUUCUCAGACGGGUCCACUUUCCCAACGCGUUCCAUUGCUUCCGCAGCGUCAAUAUCGCUGGGGUCGAUUUCCACGCUACAGACCGGUGUACUGCCACCUUUACAAUGCUCAGCCUCGUCUUUACCAUCUCUUGUUGGGCCCGUGUUUGGAGACAUCCUCAUGGCUCCUGCGGUAACCAUUUCUGCAUCUUCCAACUCCACCUCUUACAGUGCACUCAGCAGUGCCUCCCAUCCCGUUCCUGCACAGCGGAUGCUCACUUCUGUAUCAACCAAUAGAUCCUACAUGAGCAAUACCAGUUUAAAGAACGCCAGUGUAUAUUCUGUCAAUGUUUCUCGGAACAGUGUCACGUCUGCCGGUACGAUGUUGGUUUCACCUUCACCUUCCCUUGCUGCUGGAACGAUUAUUCCCAGUUGCAGCGUCGCCUACAUUACCGGACCGGCGAGCAAAAGCACGUGCUCUUCGCCGCACUUUGCAUCUAUUGCGUCAUCUGACAUGUCACUCUGCACUUCUGGGGAUGGUUCUUCCUUCAGCAGCAACGCUGGCGGAGUAACGAGUACUUGGACUGUUGCGGCUCCUGUGUUGCGCGACGUCAACAGUGCAUGUAACGUGUCUUCAACGUGUAAUUCUUCCAUCAAACUUCACAGCGAUGCAGCUUCUAAAAAAUCUUCCUUCGCUCCAGUAACGUCCGAGACGAUGGACCGGGACGGUUAUGUACACGAGCAGCACAUGCAAGCGAGCCUUGCUUCCGAGGAACAUCGUGACGAGAUAAUGCACACAUCGGCUGCACUCUCAUCUCCGUCGUCGUCGACGCCCGCAACAACCGGAACUUGCGAGCGAAUCUCUGCCUCUGAUAUAAAAAAUUUACCUGAUAAGUCUUCUGGAACAUCGGCGUCUACCCCAUCGGACGCAAGCAAUAAUCAGGAGACGAGUAUUUUCAUUGAGGCCAUGGAAGCCAUUCUCAACUCGCAUAUGUGAAAUACUCUUUUUUUCCUUUGAUAACUUGCUGUUGAAAGUGUAUAGUUUUGCUCUAUAUCCAAACGAAAGCGAGAGUGGCUCUUCUAUUCAAUGCCGUUUACGAAAUGAGGUUUUCUGGAUCCGUUUUGUUUAGAGCCUUGAUGAAGCCUAGUAUUAGUGAUUGUUAAAUCUAAUGAAUCAUAACACUUCCUUUAAGCUUUAAUAGAAGCAUUCAUUUUGGUUUGUACGUUAUCUUGUUUAUAUUUUGUUGUUUUAAAUUCUUGGUGAACUUGUAAUUUGAGCUGACUAUUUAUGCAAGUACAUACAUGUAUAUUUUGUUGAAUAAUAAAGCUCUCCUAUUAAAUCGCCUGGAAACCUUUUGGAUUCGAUACCACCUGUUUUCCAGAUUUCUAUAGCUGGUCUUUUUCGAAAUUUAAUAAAUUAAUUUAAUGGCCUUCAAUUCGUAAGUGAUGAAUUGAUGUUUCUGAAAUAAUCAGAAUAGAAGCAAGAAGUUGAGGAUAGGAUCGAAUUAUUUCUUGAGUGAACAAUUUUCGGCGAAAAUUUUAUCAUAUCCCCGUUAUCUUACUUGAUCGAAUUGUUUACAAUUGUUCUGAAGUCCUUAAUGAUGGAAUGGUGUAAUUUAGACUCUCUUUAUGUUCCAAUGCGUUCAUUGCCCUUAACUCGGUAGGAUUUUCAUUAUUCCCUUGUUCAAAAACAUUUUUAUGAACAUAUGUGCUAAAAGUAUUAUUGGAGAAUUAAUUUUCAUUGACUACGAUUCAUGUUGUAGGUUCGAAUAGGGAUCUAUGUUGAACAAAUUUUUCUGUCACACGUGUCCGUUUAUUACCGUUCAUCAAACGCCGCCUCAUUCGUAUUGCGUAUGCUUCGAACUCUCGUACUGUAGCACGAAUGCCCCAUCUUCCGUAAUUUUUAAUUACUGCUUGAGAACCUCUAUCUUUCUAAGACUAUAUGUCAUGUUACAUCUAAAUAGAUUCUUAUACUGAAAAGAAGCGGCCAUUAUCGUAUUGUAGACAUUUUGCCAAAUACAAAUUUAAACUCUU